UACCAGUGUAACUUAAAAUCGCCGCUUAUUUUAAUUUCUCCUAAUAGAAAAUAAAAUCGUAAUUUCAACUAGUAGAAAUUCAAAUGCAGGAAAAAUUAAAAUUUUAAUGUUUUCUUGAAAAAAUCUAGGAAAAGAUGAAAUUUUACUUUCUCCUAGGCGAAAUGGAAAUUUUCGCUUUUCCUUAGGAACAUUUUAAAUUAUCCUAAAUAAAAUAUGAACGUUAAUAUUUUAAUUAUUUCUAUACAAAAAAAUUGAAAUUUCUAUUGAUGUCAGACUGACUAGAGACAGAGAAAGAAGGAAACAAAAGUCAUCCACACAUAACUAAAUAUUGUUUCCAUCGGUUAAGUUGAUUUUUUUUUGUCACGAUGAAACAUUUCUACACUUUACUCGAUAACCAUAUUGAGUCUUUAAAUCACAAGUUUCGAGACAAGUUUUCGAUAAAUCAGCCGAUGUAUAGUGAUAUAAUUUUGAUUCAUCGAGACAGUUGAGGAGACGCUCUAAGUUUUGGGUGCACAAAAUUUACAAGCUCGUUAAAGUUGGUGAUCUCAACGUCGUGUAUGAUAUUAAAAGAAGUCAUCCAGUUGUGACGUGAAAAUCUGUACAUCAGAAUCGAAGAAAGCCACGAACGAGCCAGUGAUCAUGUAAGAGACAAGACAUGGCUCGAAGUAUGAGAAAAUCAUGUUUAUAAUUAGGGUCAAGAUAAACUUGUUUUUUAGGUAAAAGAUCAAUAUUCAUCUGUACCACACUAUAGUGUAAAAUGAUUUACACCAGAUAAACCAAUUUGGUUUAUCGAAAACUUGUCUCGAAACUUGUAAUUGAAAGAUUCAAUAUGGUUAUCGAGUAAAGUGUAAAAACGUUUCAUCGUGACAAAAAAAAAUCAACUUAACCGAUGGAAACAAUAUUUAGUUAUAUGUGGAUGACUUUUGUUUCCUUCUUUCUCUGUCUCUAGUCAGUGUGACAUCAAAAGAAAUUUCAAUUUUUUUGUAUAGAAAUAAUUAAAAUAUUAACGUUCAUAUUUUAUUUAGGAUAAUUUAAAAUUUUUCUAAGGAAAAGCGAAAAUUUCCAUUUCGCCUAGGAGAAAGUAAAAUUUCAUCUUUUUCUAGAUUUUUUCAAGAAAACAUUAAAAUUUUAAAUUUUCAUGCAUUUGAAUUUCUCCUGCUACAUAUAUAUAAUCAUCUCUUCAUCUGUUCUGUAUGUUUCUAUAGUUUCUCUCGCCCAAACAAAGAAGUUUCGGUUUCAAUGGCACAUACGUUCAUGUUCUGCUAAUAGGCCUAUGAAGAACCCAAGGAAAAAUGACCCGACUUUUUGGAUCAUUUAUCCAGAUUCAGCUAUACAUGCAUCCAGAUGUACGUGAAAAUUAGUCUGAAUAUAUAAUCCCAAAAAAUUGGGUCAUUUUUGCUUGAGAAUCUCCUAACAUGAUCUUAAAAAUAUCCUACCUAGGGUUCCGCUUAUGUUUUUUAAGAUUGAACAAAUCCUGUUUGAUUACUUCGUUAUCAAAUAGUUGAAACAAUAUAUAUUCAAAUUAUCAAAUUUCCUCAUGAUCGAAUAGACAAUCUGACUUCAUCUUCUUCUGUUUAUUUUACAGGUAAAAGGUGUGUUUUUUGACUCAAAACGUUUGUGUGAACAGAUCUGGGAAGAUGUUAAAAUUUUAUCUCAAAUCGGUGAUUUAGUACCGAUUACUGUUUAUAAUCGUUUGGAUGCCUUUAGUAAUUCUUCAGCAAUUAUUAAUAAUAGUACAUCUGAUAAUUCUUUAUUUAUUUGGUAUCAAUUAUAUUUUCAAAUCUGCACUCAACAACAGCAAAAUGAAUCAAAAAAAUUGACAACAAGAACAGACGAAUUAUUGAAUGUUUGUAAAGAAUAUUAUCGUGAAAAUUAUACGGAAAGAAAAUUAAUUGAUGAAUUUUCUGAUGAUUAUGUGUCGUCAAAUGUUAUAUGGUGGUGGACAAGAGAAACAUUUUUAAAUCGUCUAUUUUCAAAAUCAUUAAUAGCACUUAAUCUUGAUCUACUUUAUUUAUAUCAAUUUCUAAUAAACGAUAUGCAAAAACAAUUAUCAAAACAAUACGAAUGUCAACUUCCAAGUAAUAGUAUAACAAAGCAAAGAAAUGGUGGUACACUGGAACAAAUGUAUUAUCAUAGUCAGGCAUUAACUAAUGAUAAAUUAACCAAAAUUAAAGCAAAUAUAGGUGAAUUAUUAUCAAUCAAUAAUUAUUUUUUUGCAACAAAAAAUCGUUCUCGUUCAUUAGCUACAAUUAAAGAAUAUUUACAACCAACAGCUAUUUAUCAUCGUGUAUUAUUUGAAAUUAAAAUUGAUUCAUCAUUAUUACGUUCUUCUUCAAUGUCUUUAAAACGUCCAUGGUGUGAUAUUACUCAAAUAUCCUAUCCAAAUAAAGAUGAUAAUGAAAUAUUAUUUUCAUGUGGUACCAUAUUUCGUAUUAAUUCUGUUAAUUAUGAUUAUGAUAAUGAGUUAUGGUUACUUAAAUUAACAUAUUAUGAUGAAAAAUCAAAUUCAGAUUUUUCACAUUUAUUUAACUAUAUUCAAGAUGAAUUGGUUAAAUAUAAAACAAAUAAAUUAUUAUGUUUUAUAACAUUAGGUAAUUUGUUACGAAAAAUAUGUUUGCCACUAGUAACAACAAAUGGACAUAUAAUGGAAAAUUAUUAUAAACGUUUAUUAAAAGAAACAUCUACAACUGAUAAUUCAUUAAAAUCUGAAUGUUAUAAAGGAUUAGGAUUAAUUGAAUAUUAUAGAAAUGAAAAUGAUAUAGCUCUAGAACAUUUUGAAAAGGCUCUCGACUUACAAUCAAAAUCUAAUUCAGAUUGUGCCACAUUAUUUAAUAAUAUUGGAUUAGUUUACUCAAAACAAGAUGACUACGAUUUAGCACUAGUUAAUUUCAAAAAAGCUCUUGACCUUUUACUUAAAAAUGGUAAUUCAUCUUCUAAUCCUGAUAUAGCCUCGUCAUACCAUAAUAUUGCUUUGACAUAUUAUAACAAGGGUAAAUUUGACGCAGAACUAACAUAUUAUGAAAAAGCCUUAGAAAUACGUUCAAAGCUAUUACCCUACAAUCAUCCAGAUAUUGCUACAUUAUAUAAUAACAUUGGAAAUUCAUAUUCCGAUAUUAAUGAUUAUGAUCUAGCACUCCAAAAUUUAAAACGUGCUUUAGAACUAAGAAUGAAAACAUUGCCAUCAAAUCAUUGUGAUAUAGCUGAGAAUUUUAAUAAUAUUGGUACAGUUUAUUCUCGAACUGGUGAAUACCGAAUUGCUAUUGAAUAUUUUCAUAAAUCAUUGGACAUAUUCCGCCAAAUAUUACCAACAACACAUCCAUCAAUUAAACAAACAGAAGAAAAUAUUAAAAUUGUUAAUGAAAAAUCAAGGUAA